GUUUAGAAGUCCUCAGUAGCCCGUAUUCUUCGACCGUUCCUCCUCCAGCCUCAACUUCUUUCCUUCUGUUUCAUCGGCCGCCUUUCUCGGAGCUAAGCUGCUUAGGUAUUUGAACUGAGGAUGAGAGUUCAGAGCGUAGGUGCAAAUUCGGCCUCCUCGAAACUAAGCUCAUUUUGGGGGAAAACUCUCAGCUCACAAAUCCACGUUCACAACAAAAACAUAAGAUUGCCAAUCAUUGGGUACCAUAAUCUGUCAAUAAGAUGCGGUGUUCGGUUUCGCCCUUGCAUUGAUAUACACAAGGGAAAAGUAAAGCAGAUUGUUGGAUCCACAUUAAAUGAUACUAAGGAUGGGGAUUCGAGUCUUGUCACCAAUUUCGUAUCUGAUAACUCGGCUGGAGUAUAUGCAAAGCUUUACAAAGAUGACGGACUUACAGGUGGUCAUGUAAUAAUGCUUGGGGCGGACCCUUUGAGCCAAGCAGCAGCAGUUGAAGCAAUACAUGCUUAUCCUGGUGGCUUGCAUGUUGGAGGAGGCAUCAAUUCAAACAAUGCAGUAAGUUACAUAGAAGCAGGAGCAAGCCAUGUCAUUGUUACAUCUUAUGUCUUCAACAAUGGGCAAAUGGACCUUGACAAACUGAAAGAGCUUUCUCAAGUCGUUGGAAAACAGAGACUUGUUUUAGAUCUUAGUUGCCGCAAAAAGGAGGGUAAAUAUGUAAUAGUCACAGAUAGAUGGCAGAAGUUCACUGAUGUACAUCUAAAUCAGGAAGUACUGGAUUUUCUUGCCCAGUAUGCUGAUGAAUUUUUAGUCCAUGGAGUUGAUGUUGAAGGAAAAAAGCUGGGAAUAGAUGAAGAACUCGUGACAUUACUUGGCAAGUAUUCACCCAUUCCUGUUACAUAUGCUGGUGGUGUCACUGUAAUGGCUGAUUUGGAGAGGAUCAAAAUCGCGGGGAUGGGUCGCGUGGAUGUUACCGUGGGAAGUGCUCUGGACUUAUUUGGUGGAAAAUUGGCAUACAAAGAUGUCGUGGCUUGGCAUGCACAGCAGAACCCCUUAGUGGUUUAAUGUCUCACCUUGGUUCAUCCAAAUUUUGCAUUGUAAGAAUAAAAAUGGUAUUAUAUAUAUAGACUCAUGAUCAAAUGAGUCCACCAUUUCUCAUGAGUCCGUAUGGACAGAUAUGACCCAUUGAAUAUUUGAGAUGACUAGCUUAGGUUUUGCUAACUGUGCAAGAUUGCAAUAUUUUUGUUAUUGUGAUGUAAUUCAUCAAAUUAUCCUUGUUUGCUUUGUGAUUACUCAAUUGGACUGUUAGUUUGAAGUGUUGUGAACUUUCA